AUGCGGCUUCUGGUGUUUUUGCCUUUUGCCAAGGGAAAAACUGGAUUGGAAGUUUUAGAAAAACGAGCCGAUAUUUUGAGAGAAACGUGCACUAGAGAUUUUCAUCGAACCCCCAGGCCGAGGAGCUUUACUGGAAAUCAUAAUGCUAUCGUCAGAUUUGAAGAGAGCGGCUUGCGAAUAUGCGUUCCAUGGAAAUGCGCGUCGCAAUAUGUAAAACACAUCCACGACGUGGUGAUUUCCGACUCCGAAGACAAUCGGAGAUUCGUCGGAGAUACUCAAGAGAAGAAGAAUUCAACGGUUUUGAUUGCAAGGCAUCCCUUUGUCAGACUUAUUUCUUCGUGGAAUGACAAGCUGCUGAGGGAAAAUGUGCUUCAGAGCGGGCCAAUGAUGCGGCAUUUCAACAUCGACCGUUUCGUAACGUCCGACCACGAGACUCACCUAAUCUCGUUUGAGGAUUUCUUGAACUACAUGGUUUACGCGAUUGAACACGAUGAGCCGAUAAAUCGCCACUUUCAGCCGCAGCAUAACAUGUGCGAUCCUUGCUCUUCGGAUUUUAAUACGGUACUCAAGGUGGAGCAUCUAAAGGAUGAAAUGGUGGUGCUCUUUCGAAGUCAUGAUUUACAUGUAAAAGAACUAGAAGAGACAUUCCACGAACAAACUGGCGGAUUCGGCGCUGCAGAAAAAGACAAACUCAUUGAAAAAGUUCGAUCAACACUUCGACCAAUUCCAAAAGAAACACUUUGGAAAAUUUAUGACUACUACAAAAACGAUUUUGACAUUCUUAACUAUUCAUUUGACAUGGACAUGCUUACAAUUGGAGGCUUUUAA